AUGCCUUCAGUGCAUCCCCGCCGCCGGCCAGCGCAUCUCGACCCCGACAUGACUCCCUCACUCAUCUCCUCCUUCCAGAAUAUGAACCUCCGCAAGGGCCAGACCUUUUCCAAUACCAACAAGACUGAAGACAUCUGGGAUCCGGUGGAGUCACUUCCUGUGCCCACGGCCGCACGCUCUACAACAUGCCCCAAGUCGCUCGAGGAUCUUCUCAUCGGCGCAGGCGAGCGUCGCACUGCUGAGCUGUUUCAGCGAGUCGACCAGGCCAUCGCCACCAACUCCAAGCUGGCCCUCGGCGCCGUGCUAUGCGAGCCUGAAGUGCUCCCUGUGCCUACAUUCGUGGUUGCUUCUGCUCGGGAAGAUACCACUCUACAAAAGGUGCGACCAGACUAUCGUCGCCACAGUCACUCUUCGGAUAGUGGCAUUGGCUCAAGCGUGGCUGACUCGGAUUGUGUCUCGCUAAAGUCGACCGGUGAGCAACCCUGCAUCCUGCAUGCAGUCCGCCCCGCGCAAACGCUAACUUCAAACGCAGAGGAGACAUCGACCCGCUCUCCUCUCGUCACUGAUGACGAAGACGAAGAAGCUGGACUCAGCGACUACGCUUGCAAGCAAAUUCACAAAUACAUCGUCAAGCCCAUCCUUGAAGAGGACGCUCUCAAGGACUUUCACCCGCUCAUUCAGGAGGUGCCAGAGCGCAUCGGCAACAAGGAGAUCACGACUCUCCGUGAACUCGAGAAGACGUUGAUAUUCUUGGCACCGGAGUAUUCGCGCUCGCCCAGCAAAUAUCUACGCUUCUGUCAACGAACGAUUCGAGUGCUGCAUACAACCGUCACGACACUUCACGAGUCAGACCAACGUACGCCCGCCGAUCGACCGUAUACGCAAGGCUACUUCUUUGAUCUGGUCGAGCAGAUUCGCAGAUACGCACAGAUUCUACAAGCUACACGCGAGAGACAGGAACAAGGCAAGAAACUUGGUGAGAUGGAUUACACUCCGGAUGAAACUGUCUCACUCCAUGGUGGCAUGAGUCACAAUGGAAAGCCAGCUGAGCUAGUCAGACACAUUAAGGACGGCAAAACUAUAAGUGUCGCCACCGGCCUCCCUCUUUCUGAGGAAGAGAUCACAAUGAAGCGACCCAUGCCUGCCGACAUCGUCGACGAUGAGGAAGCCAUGCGGUCGAUGGCACGCCGCAAGAAGGGUGCCAAGCCUGAGACACAUUACUGCCCGGUCGAUGCUUGCGACAAAGAGUUCAAGCGACCAUGCGAUCUCACUAAGCACAUCAAGACACACGAGCGUCCAUGGAAGUGUCCUGAUGACAAGUGUAAGUUCCACGGCCAGGGCUGGCCGACGGAGAAGGAGCUUGAGCGUCACAUCAACGACAAGCACUCCGCCGAGCCGCCAUCAUACCGCUGCCUGUUCCAGCCUUGCCCGUACAACUCCAAGCGUGAGUCGAACUGCAAACAGCACAUGGAGAAGGCGCAUGGCUGGCAGUACGUCCGUUCGAAGUCAAACGGCAAAGGCAAGGGCAGCAAGACUGUCACUCGUCUGCCGCGUGGUUCGGUGCCGCCAUCGCCUUCCUCUACCUUGCUGACGCCAUUGACGCCCAUUGCGCCGUCGCCUUCUUGGGCGUCAAGCCGUGGCUCCAUGCCGCCGCCUCCGUUGGGCGUUGCUGGUCCCAGCAGCUACAAUACGCCUUCCUGGACAGCCCCAUCGCCUAACUUCUCCGGCAACGACUUUGCGGGACACUUCAACAUGAACUUCAACUUCAACGACAUGGCCAAUUUCCCAACGCCAGCUCUCAGCGACGACCGUCGCGCAUCUACAACCAACUCCUCUCACUCAGGCCUGCAGUUGGACGGCAGCUCAGUCGAGAACAGUGUAUCACCACAAGAUUUGCACUUCGACGACUUCGACUUCAGCAACCUCAACUUCCCACAACCGUCCCCGUACGCUACAGAGGGUGCUAGUUGCUUCGACACCGGCAUGGGUGGCGUAUCGACCAUGGAGCAUAUCUCUCCCGGCGGCGCUCAGCUCAACCAGACUAUAACGGCUCCCCACCACUACGACGCAAUGAAUAUUGAUGAAGGUUUCGGCGGCGACUUCACCUUGUACGGCGCCGGCUCUGGUGCCCCCGUCACGACUGGCGGUGAUAUGUUCGCUCCCCUGCCUACCGAUGGCAGCAGCUGGGGAGAUUUCGGCGGACACUUCGAUUUCAAGACACCAAACAUGCCAGCUGGAAACAGUGCUCUUGAUGAGCUGUUCCCGGAAUUGAAGGGUCAUUGA